AUGGCUUCUUGGAAAGCCUUUCUCGUCUCCCCCUUUCUCCUGUGGAAUCAAAGCAGAGGGGUGAGGUUGAUGUUCUUGCUACUGACUCUGCAUUUGGGAAACUGUGUUGAUAAAGCAGAUGAUGAAGAUGAUGAGGAUUUAACGGUGAACAAAACUUGGGUCCUGGCUCCAAAAAUCCAUGAAGGAGAUAUUACACAAAUUCUCAAUUCAUUGCUUCAAGGCUAUGACAAUAAACUCCGUCCAGAUAUAGGAGUGAGGCCCACGGUCAUUGAAACUGAUGUUUAUGUAAACAGCAUUGGACCAGUGGAUCCCAUAAAUAUGCUAACUUGCAGAAAGAUACAAUUGACGAUUAAUGCAGAAUGUUACCUUCAGCUUCAUAACUUUCCUAUGGAUGAACAUUCCUGUCCCUUGGAAUUUUCAAGCUAUGGAAGAAUAAGAGUGGUCUGUCAUUUUUCAUCUUCUAUUUUUCCCCCUCUUUCCAUAGGUAUCACUACAGUUCUGACGAUGACAACCCUGAGCACAAUUGCCAGGAAGUCCUUGCCAAAGGUCUCCUACGUGACUGCCAUGGACCUCUUUGUCUCCGUCUGUUUCAUUUUUGUGUUUGCAGCCUUGAUGGAGUAUGGAACUUUGCAUUAUUUCACCAGCAACCAAAAAGGAAAGACUACCAGAGACAGAAAGCUAAAAAGCAAGGCCUCGACAUCCCCUGGUCUCCAUCCUGGUUCCACUCUGAUUCCAAUGAACAGCAUUUCUGUGCCGCAAGGAGAAGAUGAUUAUGGGUACCAGUGUUUGGAGGGCAAAGAUUGUGCCAGCUUCUUCUGUUGCUUUGAAGACUGCAGGACAGGAUCUUGGAGGGAAGGAAGGAUACACAUCCGCAUUGCCAAAAUUGACUCUUACUCUAGAAUAUUUUUUCCAACAGCUUUUGCCCUGUUCAAUCUGGUUUAUUGGGUUGGCUAUCUUUACUUAUAA